AUGGCUAAUAAGUCACGACCCAAGAAAGUUUUGGCGCCGUAUCGUAAAUAUGUUGCCGGGCAAGGCUUCGAACACACAAGGGGAUUUGCUUCUCCUAGUAUCGAUAAAGAUGAAGAGGUCGAACACAAACUUCCCGAAGAUAAGAGUAUUGAAAUUAUAAAUACUCCUCAGGGACAAUAUUACUAUCGAACAUCUACAGAUACUGUAGUGCACAUAAGAGGACCAAGUCGAACUAAACAAAUAGCACAAGAUGACGAAUCAAUUAUCCAAAUUGAGACACGAUCUAUGAGAUUGCCAUGGGAGAUUCAAUCCAAAAUUUUGCAUAUUCUGAAAGAAGAAAUUGAUUUGCGAUAUUUGCUAGUUUGCAAACGCUGGUAUUUUAUAUGCCUAUCGUUUGUAUAUGGACACCCGCAUCUUUCCAGUCGAAAUUUCAGCAAAUUUGUCGACACGGUAAUUAGUAACAGGAAGAAAAAAUUUGGUGAAUAUGUCAUGGAAUUAGACCUAUCGACAAUUCUGCAAAGUGGGAAAAAUUCAUAUGUUUCCAAGCUGUUGCGACGGUGUUCUAGUAAGUUAGAAAAAUUUACCGCACCGCAAACUAGUUUUGGCUAUGCUCCAUUAAUAUCAUUGAAGUCUUGUCACCAGCUUAAAUACUUAGAUUUGGGACUUGUCUCGGAGACUGUAAAACUAAAAGAAUUGUUCGUCGCGAUUCAAAAUUUCAAGCAUUUGACGCACUUAUCGUUUCCUCGCAGCUCGAUCAACUGUGAUGGUUUCAGAGAAUUUCAAUGGCCUGCGAACUUACAAUAUUUGAAAUUGAGUGGAGGAAUUACAAACGAAUUCUUACGAGGGACUCAGUGGCCCAAGACUAUAUCAACUUUAGAGUUUUCGUUUUGUCCGCAAGUCGAUGAGAUCGCUGUUUACACUGUAUUAUCACAAAUUGGCGAUGUUUUGCAACAUUUAUAUUUCCAUUAUCCUAUGCCCUCGUUGAAUGAAAAUUCAUUAGAUCAUGUGUUCCGAUACUCGUCGCAUUUAAUAUCUGUUCAAUUUAUGGUCGACUACACUACAAAAUGGGCAUUUUCAGAGCAUUUACUAACAGAGUUGGUGUAUCCAAGGCCGCUAAAAACAAUUUACUUGGACUGCAGUGGAUCUUUAGGCCUCGCUUCCAAAAUCCAUCCCGAUGAUUUCACAAUCGCUCUUAUGGAAUCAAGAUUACCAUGUUUGAAGGCCAUAAGUGUCUCCUCAAAACUUGGCUGGGAUAUGAAGAGCGACGAAGUUACAGAUUUAGUCUCGGUGAUCGAGGACCAAGGCGGAAGUAUAUACCUUACCUAUUGA